AUGUUACGAUGGUAUCAAAUGAAGCUGGCUACGCGGCCUUAUCUAACACAGAGUAUCACUUCAUCAAUACUUUUUGCGACUGGCGACACAAUGGCGCAGCAAAUCAUGGAAAAAAAAGGAGUUGGUAACCAUGAUGUAGCUCGAUCCGGGCGGAUGGCCUUAUAUGGAUCUAUGUUCGGCCCAGUUGCUUCCAGAUGGUUUGGUUUUUUACAGACAAGGAUAGUACUUAAAAACAAAAACUUGGAAAUUUUAGCCCGAGUAGCCUCCGACCAAACAUUUUUUGCUGGUACCAACUUAUUUUGUUUUCUGAGCAGUAUGGCUAUCAUGGAAGGAAUCGAUCCGAAGGAAAAGCUAGAGAAAACCUAUUUUACAGCUUUAACGAAAAACUGGAUGGUUUGGCCAUUUGUCCAGGUUGUCAAUUUUAAGUUUGUCCCGUUGCAGCACCGUGUUCUACUUGUCAAUAUGGUGUCGGUAGGCUGGAACUGUUACUUAAGCUCUGUAUCUCGUCCAAAAUAA